GUUCUUGCUCUGACGCAGUCUUAUAAAAUAAUAAGAUGCGUUCAAUAAGAAUUUUGACUAGUGCCAUUAGCUUAAGUGUAUCAGAGCAUUAAUUAUACAUUCAUACAAUAUGCUAUUCAAUUUUCAAUCUUUGCCUAUAUACAAGCAUUAUAGUGUUGUAUCUGUACUGCCAACCGUUAUGCAGAGAAUCUAUGUUAUGUAUUGUGAGGCUUCGGUCGUUAAAGGUAGUCAAAAAUAAUUAAUAAUGUACGUAGUAAAAGUUGUAAAGCAGUAUAUAUUUAUCACCAUUCAGUUAUUCUGUCGGUAGAAUAGUAUUUAUAAACUAUUACAUUUGGUAAUUAGAUACUUUUGACCAAGCCUCAAACUCCUAGAAUGGAUCAAGAAGAUAAAUUAGAAUCAGUGGAUCCACAUCAUGCACUAAAAGUAGCUUAUUUAACAAUGAAAGAAAGAUGUAAACAAUUACAAGCUAGAUUAAGAAAAGUUGAAGAAGAGAAUGAAAUGAUGAAAAGAACGCAAUGUGAAAGAAAUAUUGCUACAGCAUUGAAUGUUAAUCAGCAAGAAGGAAGUUCAUUCCUAACACAACAGAAACAGUUUGAAGAGUUUAAAAAUCAAAAUAGACAACUAGCUUUUCACACUUACAUGGUCUCAUUAGAAAAUCGACGACUGUGGAAAAAACUUACAAGUCUAUAUCAAAGAAAUAAAUGUUCAAAUCCAACUACGAAAACUACAGAAUCAACCAAGUUGAAUUCGUAUUUAGAUGUACUUCCUGCCUUAAUUUUCAGUGUUCAAAAAAUUCCUGGCUUCAAUGACAGAUAUGAAAAAAAUUGUAUAACAGAUAAUGACAAUGAUCAAAGUUUAGAGGAAAUAGUAUUAACUGAUGAAAAGACUGAUUUUGAGCAACAAUACAUAGAUGUGAAUAAGGCAAUUGAUGAAUCUCAAAUAAAUAGUGAAACAAAUUUAAAAAAUUUUGGAUUUACAUAUCCAGAGGAUUUACUCACAAAUACAGAUUCUUUAGAACAAUUGAAAGAUCAUGAUAUGAGACUUACACAAAUAAAAAGAGCACUCUUACUUCAACAGCAUAAUUUAAGAAAUACUUUGAAUAAUUUAAAAAAAAUGAAGAAAAAUCAAACCUGCAACAAAUGUAAGAAUAAUAUUACAAAACAAAUGUGUCAAGCAGGAACACAAUUCGAUUCUAAUUGCAGUGAAAAAGAAAAUGGAGAAGCACAACAAACUAGUUUUCCAUGUUCCAGUUUGAUUGAUAACAAGUCUACAAGUCCUGAUGAAGAUAAUAUUUGUCCCCUGUGUGGUCUUGUCUAUAAAAACUCUAUCUCUUUCAAUUUAUUUCACGAGCAUGUUGUUAAUCACUUUACUAAUGAAAUUAGUGAUGAUUUUGAAAUAAUAACUUGAUAUUUAGUCCAAAUUUAAUCAAGUGGAUUAAAGUUAAUUUCUUAUAAUAUAUAUAUAUUAAGCGCAUACAUUUUGUAAUGAAUUGUUGGAAAUGUGACUACGAAUGAAUUUAUAUUAUAAGUAUUUAUUUUCUAUUUGUUAUAACAAUGG